AUGGCAUCAUCAUCUGCCUCAAGUUCCAAAGCUCCUAUACCAUUUGUUCCUAAAAUCACCAACGGUAUUAGUAACAACAGUAAAAAAGAUAAGAAUGCCAUUAGUCCAAGUCUUAUUUUUGGCAACAACCGCAAGAUAAAGCUGGAUGGCGCAGACAUUCGCUGUCGUAAUUGCAAAGUGAUCAAAGCGCAAUUCGAAGAAAUUAUACGCGCGGACGAAGACGAAAUGUUCAAACUCCAGGAUAUUAUCGGGGCAAAAUUAACUCGCAUUUCUGAACUCGAGCGUAGUUUGCGAGAAGCAAACGACGUUAGCGUAAAAAAGGAUCACCGCAUUCGUGAGCUCGAGAACUCCGUACGUGAUCUAGAGUAUAAAAUUAUCGUGCUAGAAGAUUAUACGCAAAAAGUUCAAAAAGGAAAAAACAAACAAACUGAAGAAAGAGAAAGAGGUGGUGUUAGUAAUGAUAGCGAAUUUUCAUCCGAUACGGCUAAUUCGGUCGCUAAUGCUAUUCGACCGGCCUUCGCGGAUGCAUUUUCUUCAACAAAAGAAAACAACAGACGUGGGACAGAUUUUCGAAAUACCAGUCAAGGUAAUCGCGUGUACAUCGGUGGUGUUUCCCCCGACGUGAAGAAACCCCGAUUGAAAAAAUGCUUGGAAGCGACCUUUAAAGGACGAGUCGUUGAGAUCGACAUUGUACCUUUUAAAGUGAUUGUCAUUUGA